CGAGUGUGCAGCCUGAUGGGGGAGCCAGAGGAGCCCCAGCUCUUCAAGACUGGAGACGUCAUCUUGGGUGGAAUCUUCUCCUUCCAGAGCAAGUGGAAGACUGUGGAGUUGACCUACGCGCACAGACCCCUACCACUGCAGUGCACUAGUCUUAAUUUCAGAGCGUUCCAGUAUGCCCAGGCGAUGCUAUUUGCAAUUGAAGAGAUAAACAACAGCACCGACCUUCUGCCCGGCAUUACACUGGGAUAUAUGAUGUAUGAUACAUGUGGUUCAAUUGCCCGAUCUGUGAGAGUGGCACUGGCUUUGACGGAUGUUAAUGAGGAAACAGCCUCCUUGUCAGAUAAUCCUUGUCGUGGCUCUGUCCCUGCCAUUAUUGGAGAGGCCUCCUCUUCCCCCUGCAUGGCUAUAUCCACCGUCUUAGGACCUUUCUACAUCCCACUGGUUAGCCACUUUGCAACAUGUGCUUGUCUUAGCAACAAAGUCCGGUAUCCAUCCUUCCUCAGAACCAUACCUAGUGACUACUACCAGAGUAGAGCCCUGGCCCAAAUGGUCAAGCACUUUGGUUGGACCUGGGUAGGGGCCAUCAGAUCUAGUGAUGACUAUGGGACUAAUGGAAUGGCCACAUUCACAGACACAGCAACACAGCUCGGCAUCUGCCUUGAGUACUCAGUCUCAUUUUUCAGAACAGAUCCAGCAGAAAAGAUACAGAGAAUAAUCAACAUCAUUAAGGGUUCCACUUCUCGGGUUAUUGUCACCUUCCUGUCAUACACUGAUUUGGAAAUACUCAUUGAGGAGUUUGCCCACCACAACCUCACAGGUUACCAAUGGGUAGGCACUGAGGCCUGGAUAUCAGAUUCUGUAACAGCUACGACAGAGGGUCACUACAUCCUUGAUGGCUCGGUUGGUCUUGCCAUCCCAAAGGCCGAGGUCUCUGGGCUGAGAGAGUUCAUGUUGGAUGUGAAACCCCUAAACUCCUCUGGAGAGAAAUUGUUCACACAGUUCUGGGAGACUGCAUUUCAUUGUAGCUUUAAACGGACAAAGGAAACAGCAGGAAGCCAGAAAGAGUGUACGGGUUAUGAAGAUCUCGCAGGAUUAGAAAAUAGCUUCAAUGACAUGUCACUUAUGCCUAUCUUUAACAAUGUAUAUAAAGGAGUGUAUGCAAUAGCCCACAGUCUUCACAAUAUUCUUGGCUGUGGGCAAAAGUGUAGCAACACUGCAUCACCAGAUCCAUUUACGAUUUUGCAGAAUAUCAAAAAUAUUCAUUUUAAAACCAAAGAGGGAGAGGAGGUUUACUUUAAUGACUAUGGAGACCCAGCUGCAAAGUAUGACAUCAUAAACUGGCAGCCCAAGAAGGAUGGCAGUGUGGAGUUCGUUACUAUCGGUCUCUAUGAUGCUUCUCUGCCUGAAGACAAACAACUCAAUCUAGAUAACAAGACGUUUAAUUGGGCAAAUAACUCAAAAAAGGUACCGGUGUCCAUUUGCAGUGGAACCUGUGAUUCGGGAACUCGCAAGGUCCUCCAGAAAGGAAAGCCUGUCUGCUGCUAUGACUGUAUACCGUGUGCAGAAGGCGAAGUCAGUAACACGACAGAUUCUAUCACUUGUGUGCGAUGUCAUCCUGAGUUCUGGUCCAAUGAGAGAAGAGAUGAUUGUGAGAAAAAGGAAACUGAGUUUCUGUCAUUUACUGAAAUCAUGGGAUCAAUUCUCACACUGUCUUCCUUGAUAGGAGCCUGCUUGACAGCUACAGUGGCAUUCAUUUUCUUCAGACAUAGGAAUACUCCAAUAGUCAAGGCCAACAACUCUGAGCUGAGCUUCCUGCUGCUCUUCUCCUUGACUCUGUGUUUCCUGUGUUCUCUGACCUUCAUCGGCCGUCCAUCAGACUGGUCCUGUAUGCUUCGCCACACAGCGUUUGGGAUCACCUUUGUCCUCUGUAUCUCUUGUGUUCUGGGGAAAACUCUUGCUGUGUUGAUGGCAUUUAAGGCUACACUACCAGGUAGUAAUCUUAUGAAAUGGUUUGGACCAAGACGACAGAGAAUUGUUGUUCUGGCUUUUACUUUUAUACAAAUUGGGAUUUGUAUUGUUUGGUUAACAGCCAACCCUCCUUAUCCGUUUAAGAAUUUAAGACAUUUUAAAGAUAAGAUCAUUCUAGAAUGUGCAUUAGGAUCCCCUAUAGGGUUCUGGGCUGUGUUGGGGUAUAUAGGACUCCUAGCUUUGUUAUGUUUCAUACUGGCUUUUCUGGCCAGAAAGCUGCCUGAUAACUUCAAUGAGGCCAAAUUCAUCACCUUCAGUAUGUUGAUAUUCUGUGCAGUCUGGAUGACCUUCAUCCCUGCUUAUGUCAGUUCUCCUGGGAAGUUCAGUGUGGUUGUUGAAAUAUUUGCCAUCCUGGCCUCUAGUUUUGGGUUACUAUUUUGUAUUUUUUUCCCAAAAUGCUACAUAAUAUUGUUGAAACCAGAAAGAAACACAAAAAAGAACAUGAUGGAUAAGAAGAGUUAG